AUGCAACUCUUGAGAGUUGUGGGAUUCACCUACGGAAACAUGGUUUUGCUUAGUUCUACUAUAGGGACAGGGAUCUUUGUGUCCCCAAAAGAAGUAUUAAAAUACUGCUCAAUGAACAUCCCCAUUUUUCUGAGUAUGUGGGCAGUUGGUGGCCUGCUGAGCCUGAUGAAUGCACUCUGUCUUGCAGAGCUUGCAACCACCUUCCCUGUGAGUGGAGUAUCUUACUAUUUCCUGAAGCAAUCUCUUGGAUACACUGCCGCUUUCCUGAGUAUUUGGAUUAGACUUUUUUCUCAUAUCCUAGGCAUCAGUGCUCAAAGCUUACUAAUAGCUACCUAUCUAAUUCAACCUUUCUAUUCUGGGUGCCUAGCUCCAGAGCUCCCAAAGAAGUGUUUGGCUUUGUCUUUUUUGUGGUUAUUUGGAAUUCUCAAUGCUCAAGGGAUAAAAACAGUGAUUCAAUUUCAGGCUAUUGGCAAUUUGAUGAAGAUGGCUGUUCUUUGUCUAAUUUCUGUAACUGGAAUUGUGCUGUUAGUGACUGGGGAUAAGGAGAAUGUAACCCGGUUUGAGAAUGGAUUGGAUGCUGAACUUCCUGAUGUUUCACAGAUUGUAGAAGCCUUUCUCCAAGUUUAUUAUUCAUAUGUAGGAUCAUCACUCCUAAUCAACAUAGCAGGAGAAAUAAAAAAUCCUACUAAUACAAUUCCAAAAUCUUUAAUAUCGGGCCUGUCCAUUGUGAUGGUUUUUUACUUACUGACAAAUAUAUCAUACGUGGCAGUUUUGACACCCCAGGAAAUCAUCUCUUCAGAUUCUGUUGCUGUCACAUGGAUGUACAGAGUCUUCCCUUUCAUACAAUGGGCUACUUCUUUGGGGAUCUCAGCAGCAAUGAUGAAUUGCCUUUCUAGUGGAUUGCUUUCAGGAUCAAGAAUAAUUUACGCUGCAAGUCAAGAUGGACAAUUACCUUUCAUCUACUCAAUGCUUAAUGACCAUCACAAUCCAGUUGUAGGAGCCAUCCUCAUUAUCAUCUUAUCUUCUAUUGCAAUAAUAAUUUCAAAAUUAAUCUACUUAAUGAAAUAUGUGGGACUAGGAGCAUGGUGUAUAAAUUUUCUGAAUAUGAUUGGGUUGCUUAAAAUGAGGUACCAGAAGCCCAAUCUACCAAGACCUUAUAAGGUGUGGCUGCCAUUUGUAUUUGGAACUAUUGUUUUAUCAGUUUUUAUCAUUUUUAUACCAGUGAUUCUGUCUCCUAAUAUUGAGCAUGUCUAUCAGGUUGUCUUUCUUUUCUGUGGACUUUUGUGUUACUGGCUUCAAGCUCACUUUAAUAGACAUGCUGUUUGUUUUGACACAAUCACUUGUUAUUGGCAAUUAUUUUUCAAUGUCUCACCCUCUGAAGACGGAGAUAACUUAAUUCCUUCCUUAAAUCCUGACUGAAAGAGAAUUAUAUUUGAAACUAAGCAUAACAUAAUUUUAUUGCCGUUUUGCU